AUGCGGGCAAAGCCGUUUGGGAACUUCGGAGUCGAGUUCUCCGACUACGGCCGCCGCAACUGGCUCGACAAGUACGGGACCGCCGAAGAGGCCGUGCAUGCAUACGACAUGGCAGCAUGGCGUUUCAGCUGGCCGAAGACAUGGCUCAACUUUCUGGAGAUCGAGACCCGGGUAGAUGUGGAGCUCCUCAUGGUGGUGAAUUUCGCGAUACAAUCAACGGAGAAGAAGAAGAACGAGAAAAAGAAGAAGCUGGCUGAGCGCGGGUUCUUCUGGAAGCGCGAGCAUGAGCGGAAGAACAAGGCGGUGAAGAAGGAAGAGGAGGUCGGCCCCUCAAUGGUGAUCCCCAUCGAAUUUGACUCGGAGGACUGGGGUGACUUGGAGGAGGAGGACCAGGAGUGCGACGACCCGAGCAGGAGGAGUUCUGGGAGCGGGAAGCUACGUCCACCGGUGACGCCAAUCGACCCCAACACCUUCCGGCAGGUGCUGCAAAGCCGUCGGCUGCAGGCCGUCAACACCAACCUUGCCUGCUGCCCACGCGGGGAGCCCGAGGUGCUCUUCUCGGCCGCGUCUCCACCACCACCGUAA